AUGACCACCAAGCCCUCGGGAGAGGCCGAAGCCACCAACAACCCCCUACAUGGCACUCCCGAGGCCUCCUUGGGCACCGUGGCAGACACCCAGUCUACGGACAGUACAGCAGAAGGGUCCCCAAACCAGGCAAGUAGCACCUCGGCACCAGCUGACCAGCAGGAUGUAAGUCAGGCCUCUGCCCAGCCAGUGGCCUCAGAAGCCAAGUCGAAGUCAGGGGGUGUCCCAGAGGAGAGCAAGAGGCCCAAAGAGGUCAAAUUUCUGCUCCUCGACCAAGCUCCAGUUGCUCUGCAAGCGUCCACAAGCCUCCAGAACACAUCAGUGGUUAAGCCAGUUCAAGAGGCGAAGACGAGCAACAGCCAGCUCACUUUGCUACAGCACAUCCUGGUUAAGGAAGAGACGCCACAAACUCAGGAUGUCCCCAGUGGGAAGCUGGGAUUAACUCCACCUACCCCAAGUGCUGAGACACAGCCCACUGAGAGCCCUGCUGGUCAACCCGACCUAGACACCAAUGCCGUGAGUCCCGCCACCCAGCCCGCUGGAGGCGCCAAGGAUCAGCCUGACACUCAGGCCGCUGGCAACACUGAGACCACUCAGGAGCAACCUGGGGACCCAGAGGCUUCAAGCCCUUUGGUGGACAGCUCAGACGAGCCACGGGCUCAGUCCUUUUCUUUGUCCCAAGGGUGCAGCACCCCCGCCUCACCUGCCUUGCACCCAGUGGCCCUGGGGAGGAGGCCCCUGGACUCCAACUUGUACAUGGCCAAUGAGGAGAACAACUACAUGCGUUCCAUGACCAGCUUGCUGGGCGGGGGUGAGGGCUCCAUCAGCUCCCUGGCAGACAUCCUGGUGUGGUCUGAGACCACUAUGGGCAUGGCCACGGGCUUCCUGGGCUCUGGCCACGCCUCUGUGACAGACCUGCUGCAGGGCACGGGGCCCAGCCUGCGCUCAGCCUCCAGCAUCCUGGACAGUGCCAGCUUGGCCUUCUCCUCUGGGCUGGUGGCAGGCACGGGCUCAGCCCUGCGCUCAGUCACCCACAUGCUGGAGACAGUAGAGCGGAGGACGAUCGAGGGUAUCCGAUCAGCUGUGCGCUUCCUGACCAGCCACCUCACUCCACCUCGGGCCCCAGCUGGCCCCAGCUGUGACUAG